AUGGCUGGCAAUGCACUUCUUCUCGCUCUGGGUAUUGAUGACGAGUUACUGGCUCGGUCUGUGGUCGAGUUCCUACUAGCCCACUGUGCACAGCCUGAACACAACCAGCCCGGGUUUUCGCCUCCCAAACUGGUCUUGGGACAGAAAGAGAACGGUGAUGCCGAAGACUUUUUGAUAAACCCACUGCACCCAGCGAGCUUAGAGCAUUCCAAAAAGGAGAGAUGCCAGGAGAAUGAACCCCCAUCGUCCCCUCAAGCCUAUCAAGGCCACGAUCAGGUCGACGUUAGUAAUGAUCAAAGUGCAAGUGUAGCACAUGAUCAAGCUGGCGAAAAGAAGGCUCAAGAGUCUGCAUACAUCGACCAAGAGACGAAGGAUGGAGAGACCGCCCUAUAUAUCGCAAUCAAAGUGCGCUGCCAGCCGGUUGCAAAGUCUCUCAUCGGCCAUGGAGCUAAAGUCAGUACUGGGGGCAAGGAUGGCCAUUGUGCUUUCCUUCUGGCAGCAGAAAAAGGGUAUCACGAAGUACUUAAGGUACUACUGAUGGCGAGACGUGAGUCAAUUUCUCAAGACCAGCUAGAUAAGGCUCUGCUGUUGGCUGCUAGAGAAGGGCGCACUGAAGCAGCCGUUUUGCUCCAUGAGAACAAUGCCAAAUCUGGCAUCAAGGGGCGGGAAGCCAUGACAGCUUUACACUGGGCUAUCGAAAAUAAGAAUGAGCACCUUGCUGGGUUGCUUAUUGGCGCACUGAAGGACGGAAAUAUCGAUCCCGAAGACCAGAAUCAUAGGACACCGCUCAGCAUGGCAUCAGGAGCGGGCCUGAAGACUACAGUGGAUAAGCUUCUGGGAAAGGGAGCGGAUGCUCGCCAUCAAGAUGGACUUCGGCGCACCGCCUUACACUGGGCAGCUAUGGGCCACCAUGAUAAGAUUGUCGAGGGUUUGCUCAACGCAAAACAAUCGCCUGAUGUGAAUAAUGGAGACAACCAGGGCCGAACUGCGCUGCAUUGUGCAGCUUAUACCGGCGCAUCGAACGGAACCGAAACCAUAAGACUUCUACUUGAUGCUAAGGCGUAUCCUUACAGCAAAGAUACACACAAGCAAACACCGUUGAUUUUAGCGGCUCGGAAGGGGCAUUUAUCGGCGGUCAAAAAGUUGCUUGACACUCAAUGUGACUGGGAAGCACUCGAUGAAGACAAGAGGACGGCCCUCGAUUGGGCAGCAGCAGAGGGGUUUGAAAAGGUGGUUGCAGAACUACUUCUCAAGUUCAAUGAAGACUCGAAGAAAUCGGCCCUCGAUCACGCAGCGAAGAACGGACACUUCGCAAUUGUUGCCAUGCUAUUCAACAGUAUCAAGCAGAUCGCCAUCCGAAACUCUGCUAUGAACACCAUCUUAUUUGCUGCAGCUGCUACUACUAGACUCCCAGAAUCGCUCGACAGGCUGAUAAGCAGUGCGACUGAUGUUAACCCCAGAGAUGGUCUUCAACGGCGCACACCUCUCAUGCUAGCUGUGAAAAGUCGAAAUCGCCAGCUCAUAGACAAGCUUCUUGAUCUUAAGGCACAGACGGAUUUGCAAGACGCAGACGGAACAACAGCACUGAUGACUGCAACUAGAGUGCUGGACGAGCAGACCGUCCAGGCACUACUACUCGCCCACGCAAACCCGGAUCUCCAAGACAACCAAAAAUACACGGCUCUUCACUAUGCUGUAGAGACAGGCGAUAAUCCCUGUCUACAGCACCUUGUAAAGUACGGAAUUACCAGUGCAAACAUCUUGGAUUCCAAACGGCGAACUGCGUUGCACAUAGCUAUGGAAAACCUCGAAACUGGCGACGAACCAUCGUCUAGGCGAUACAGGCGGUACUGCCGCCUUUAUCCGGAUCUGGCACGUCAGAGGGACUUUUGGCAGUAUCUUCUUGCUCUUGGGCAUGACUGUCCUGACUCUGGGUUCUACACACUAGCUGAAAAGACGGAUCUGCACUUGAAGGAUGAAAGAAGCCAAACACCUUUGCACUUGGCUAUCCGCAAAGAUCAAAUCAACAUUGCGAUACUGUUCCUCCAGAGGUCAGAAAAGUACGAUAUGGACGUCGGAGAUACUUCUGGCAGAACACCCUUACUACUUGCAGCUGAAAAGGGCUCGGAUCUAAUGGUACUACUUUUGCUGGUCCACCAGUUCAAACACAACGUCCAAGAUAAAGCAGAUCGAACCGCUUUACUAUUGACAGCGGAAAGAGGUGCUUUAGAUUCAGUCAUUGCGCUUCUAGAUGCAAAGGCAGAUCCAAACAUACCCGAUUCUAGAGGACGUACUCCUUUGUCGGUCGCGUCACAGAACGGGCACGAGGAGGUGGUGAGCACGCUGAUUAAACGUGCGGAGGACUUGACUCUCGAUUCUCGGGAUUGGAUGGGCCGGACGGCACUGAUGCUUGCAGCCGAGAAUGGCCACAAACCUAUUGUGGACCUGCUUUUGGGUCACAAGGCGAACACAACUAUUACGGAUUACAAUGGGAAGAAAGCUUGGGAAAAGGCAAUGGAAAAAGGCCAUGCUGACGUGGUUCGACUUCUAUUGUCAGAACCCGACGCGCCCGUUCAGGACAGGAAAUCUGUCAAUGACGCAUUACUCUUAGCCUCUCGGCGAGGCUGCGUCGAACUCGUGGGUGUUCUCCUCGAACAGGGUGCGAACGCCACUUUUCAGAACGACAAGCGUUGGACAGCGUUGCAUCUGGCAGCCAUGAAUGGUCAUCACAAAGUGGUGGAGAUCCUGAUUAAAAAAGGUACGGAUAUCUCCCUCAAAGACGGCACAAAUCGCACCGCUUUAAUGCGAGCUACCGAGUAUGGGUUCGAGUCGAUUGUAUCUCUUCUUCUCGAAAACAAGGAUGACAAGAAUGAAAUCGACGAGUGGAUGGGUCGAGAAGCUCUACUAUUCGCCGCCGAAAGGGGUUAUGCUGGUAUUGUCGACCUACUGAUCAAGAAUGAGAUUGAUCAUAACCAUACGGAUUCGACUGGGAGGACUGCGAUGUCACUGGCCGCCAUGAAUGGCAAUAGUGCCAUAGUCCAAACACUGUUGGAAGCAAAGGCAGACUCAGCCAUCAAGGAUAAGCACGAUAGAACUGCUCUACACUUUGCAGCUUGGGGCGGUCAUAGUGACGUGGUGGAAGUAUUACUCGAACAUGGCGCAGACGUCAGUGCCUCUGACAAAAGCGGACAGUUGCCUCUACAUCCAGCGGCAGAGCGUGCCUCAGAGCGAGUUAUCAAACAGAUCGUUGGCAAAGGAGCCAACAUUAAUGCCAAGUCGAGGAAUGAUGGCCAGACUGCGCUACACCGCGCGGCCUGGGGAGGCUCUUUGGAAAUUGUCAAGCUCUUGCGAGAGUGUGGCGCCGACUCAUUCAUCCGUGAUGAUCAAAGCAAGAAACCGUGGCAGGUUGCUGCAGAGAAAGGCCACGAGAGCAUAGUGGAAGCACUCCUGAAGGACGAAGAGAGCGUGUCAGAAGAAAAGAUUCUAAGGAAGAAGGCGCUGAUCUUUGCGGGCGAGAUGGGAUGUCCCAUCAUUGCACAGGCGCUGAUAGAAAAAGGGGCAGAUCCCAGCGUGAAGGAUGGGAAGGGACGUACGGCGUUGCACUGGGCGGCAAAACGCGGAAAUGGAGCACUUGUUGACCUUCUCGUGAAGAGAGAUGAGAGUUUGCUAAACGUUCUCGAUCCUGACCGCCAAACAGCCCUGUGCCUCGCCGUGCUUGAAGGCAACGCGGUGGUAGUCGAAAAGCUUCUUCACCAUGGCGCCGAUGCCAACAUCCAAGGAGAAAACAAGCAAACAGUGCUGCAUCAGGCCGCCAAGAUGGGGAAUUGGGAAAUUGUGCAAGUCUUAGUCAAGCACGGGGCAGACCCCCACGCCCGUGAUUGCGACAAGAAAAAGGCUUGGGAGCUCGCUGCGAAGGAAGGAUAUCACCAGAUCGUCCGCCACUUGCUGGAAAAGGAAGUUGAUUACUUGCUGGGAAAGGAGGUUGAUCUGAAGCUCCAUCAUAAGAAAAAAGAGGAGUUCUUCUUGCAGAUGGUGGAGCAAGGUUCACUUCCUAUGGUCCAGUUACUCCUGGAUAAAGGUGUGGACGUGAAUGCUAGGGAUCGACAUGGAAAGGCAGCCAUUGGCCUGGCUGUGGAAAAUCGUAAAGAUGAUGUCCUGAGGCUACUUCUCUCCAAAGGAGCGGACCCAAAUCUCACAGAUUCCAAAAAGCGAACACCGCUCCUGUGGGCUGCGAAGACUGGAAACACGAAGGCUAUCAGCCUGCUUCUGGAGCAGGACUACACAGGAAUCAAUCAUAGCGAAGAAGAAGGAGAAGUCGAGAAAACAGCGGAGGAAGCAGGGGAGCAAGAGGGCGGAGAGGAGGGCGGAGAGGAGCACGGAGAGGAGCAGGGGGGGGGGCAUGGAGAGGAGGACGGAGAGGGGCCCUCGGCUACAAAGGAGGACGAAAUUGACCAAAGCUCCAGCGAUGAAACUAAAACGGAAGAUGAUGAAGGGCUUUGGAAGGGGGGGGGUCCGGGCGUCCCUCCUGGGUGCAGGGACCCUCUAGAACAAGGAAGCGACGGCCACAGGGAAGAGCAAACUCACGGCGACGACAGACCUAGUAUGAAUCUUGACGCUUCUCUCACAAGUAAAGACGGGGAAGGAGAACCUUCCAAAAGCAAAGCCAGUCUGGGAUCAAAAGGAACAAACGGCCGAGACACCAAUGACGGCACCAGCUCCGGUCUGAACAACGCGGGUCAGGAUAGCGAAAAUGAAGGCCGAGAACGCAACGAAGCCGGAGAUAUCCGAACAGACGAUGAACACCACAACACAGAUGUCUCCGAAGAGCAAGUUGUUCAAAGUAGCGACGAUGGAGCACCUAGUAGUAGGGACGGCGAGGAGGGAGGCUUGCGCGAAGCUGAUGAAAGCGAUGAAGAUCCACCCAUCGAGGCAGGCUCAGUGAACAAUGAAGCCAUAGAGUCGACAGUGAAGCGUACUUUCAGAUACGAACUGGUCAAUAGCUGCGACUACAAAGGUCGGACAGCAUUGUUGAUUGCCAUCGGAAACAAACAGGAUAAUGCUGCGAGGAUCUUGCUCAGCAAAGGUGCCCCAGAUAUCGAUGUCAACCUCCACGACGAAUUGAAGAGAGCACCUUUACAUCUGGCAGCAGAAAGAGGUAAUCGAUUACUGGUCCAGAGUUUACUGGAAGCGGGGGCAAACAGAUAUCAUGAAGACCAACUCGGACAGACAGCACUGUUCCCAGCCGUGGAAAGCGGAAAGAUGGACAUUGUCAAUCUUCUAGUCGGGGAUGGGAACUCUGAAGAUCUUAUCAAUACCUGCGACAAGCAGAACCAAACUGUCCUCCACGUGGCUACCGACCAAGGGAACAUCGCGAUACUUCAGAAACUGCUUGACAGUGGAGCGAAUCCCAAUCGGAAAGACAAGCUUGGUCGUACAGCGCUGCUCAUUGCUACGGAGAACGGUGAAAAGGAUAUGGUUCAUGUUUUACUCGGAAAGAAUGCAGAUGUGAAUACCGAGAUGCUUCGGCAGGCGGUUGCGAAUGGUGACAAGGAAGUGGUGGAAACACUCUUUGGUCAACUCAAAACACACCUGUCCACGAAAGAUCUGCAGAGUUUAUUGGAUCUGGCGCGUAAGAGUGGGAACAAAGAGGUCACAUUUAUGGUCGCGCAAAAGCUCGAUCUCUCGUGA